ACCAAAAAUAGUUUCAUUAAAAUCCCAAGUCAACCAUGAAAUCAAAGUCACCGCUAAAAUCAACAAUUACCGCUUGAAAAUUCUAAUACAGUUCCCUCUAGAAAACGACACUGCAUUUAGCAAUAUCAUAGUAGAUUAGUAGUAGCCACACACACUUUUGACAAUUUUCUCAGCACAAUAAAUAAUUAAGCUUCUUAAUUAACUUCGAUUAAUUAAGUUAGCGUUGAGUUGAAUUUGAAGUUUCGUUGAAGGGAAAGUUAGGAGAAUGUGGAAAUUCGCGCGAUUCGUUUCAGCUACCAAACUCGUCCGAUCGCGGCGUUUCUCCACCGCGAUUCCCGGUCCUUGCAUUGUUCACAAACGUGGUGCUGAUAUCCUCCACGAUCCUUGGUUCAACAAGGAUACUGGGUUUCCUUUGACUGAAAGGGAUAGAUUGGGGCUUCGAGGGCUUCUUCCUCCCCGUGUUAUAUCAUUUGAGCAGCAAUAUGACCGCUUUUUGGAUUCGUACCGAUCUUUGGAGAAGAAUACUCUGGGACAACCAGAAAAUGUUGUUUCCCUUGCAAAAUGGAGAAUCUUAAAUAGACUGCAUGACAGGAACGAAACUUUGUACUACAGAGUUCUUAUUGAUAAUAUUAAAGAGUUUGCUCCAAUAAUAUAUACUCCUACAGUUGGAUUAGUGUGUCAAAAUUAUUCAGGGUUAUUUAGACGGCCACGUGGAAUGUAUUUUAGUGCCAAAGACAAAGGAGAGAUGAUGUCAAUGAUCUAUAACUGGCCAGCUCAAGAGGUAGACAUGAUUGUCUUGACAGAUGGAAGUCGAAUUCUUGGAUUAGGUGAUCUUGGAGUUCAAGGAAUUGGAAUACCCAUUGGAAAACUUGAUGUAUAUGUCGCUGCUGCUGGUAUCAAUCCGCAAAGAAUACUUCCAGUCAUGCUAGAUGUUGGCACCAACAAUCAAAAGCUACUUGGAGACCGCCUUUAUUUAGGACUUCGACAACCAAGGCUGGAAGGUGAAGAGUAUCUUUCAAUUGUUGAUGAAUUCAUGGAAGCAGUUCAUGCUCGAUGGCCCAAGGCUAUUGUGCAGUUUGAAGAUUUCCAAGCGAAGUGGGCUUUUGAAACCCUAGAACGAUAUAAAAAAAGGUUUUGCAUGUUUAAUGAUGAUAUACAGGGCACUGCCGGUGUUGCACUUGCUGGAUUAUUGGGAACUGUAAGAUCUCAAGGUCGACCAUUGUCUGAUUUUGUGAACCAAAAGAUAGUUAUGGUUGGAGCUGGGAGUGCAGGGCUAGGGGUUCUGAAAAUGGCCAUCCAGGCAGUUGCAAAAAUAUCUGGGUGCAGUGAAUCAGCUGCCAAAAGUCAAUUCUUUCUGAUUGAUAAAAAUGGUCUAGUUACAACAGAAAGGAACAAUCUAGAUCCAGAUGCGGCCCCAUUUGCUAAAAAUCCAAGAGACAUAGAUGGGCUUACUGAGGGUGCUAGUAUAGUUGAAGUGGUUAAGAAGGUUAAGCCACAUGUGCUCCUAGGUUUGUCUGGUGUUGGUGGUAUUUUCAACGAGGAGGUGCUUAAGGCAAUGAGAGAAUCUGUUUCAACAAAACCUGCUAUCUUUGCCAUGUCUAAUCCCACAUUGAAUGCUGAGUGCACUGCUAUUGAUGCUUUUAAUCAUGCUGGGGAACAUAUAGUGUUCGCAAGUGGAAGCCCUUUCGAAAAUGUAGAUUUUGGUAAUGGGAAUGUAGGCCAUGUAAAUCAAGCAAACAAUAUGUACCUUUUCCCAGGAAUUGGUUUGGGAACACUUCUGUCAGGUUCUCGUCUUAUUACAGAUGGAAUGUUGCAAGCAGCUGCUGAAUGCCUUGCUUCAUACAUGGCUGAGGAAGAUGUCGUACAAGGAAUUCUAUAUCCAUCCGUUAAUAGCAUACGAGACGUUACAGCAGAGGUUGGAGCUGCUGUGCUUCGAGCAGCAGUUAAAGAAGAUCUGGCAGAGGGACAUGGUGAUGUAGGGCCUAGAGAACUUGCAAACAUGUCAAAAGAGGAGACUGUGGAGUAUGUUCGACACAAUAUGUGGUUUCCUGUGUAUUCUCCUCUUGUCCAUGAAAAGUAAUAUCAUAAGGUAAGUUACAACUCAAUACCUGGUGCAAUCCACAUUUAGAAAUGCAGCGGCCAAGCAUUUUAUAUAAUAUGGAUUCUAAUCUAAUGUUCCUAAUUCAUAACAUGCAAAGUUGAGUGUUGAAGGGCACUUAGCAAAAAGGGAAACAAUAUAUCUCCAUUUGGUUCCGGGGAUGAGUUAUGUGUCUUAUCAUUUGAAUAUGACUUAUUUCAGUUCCAUGUAUAUGAUAGCGUCUAUGAUGGACAUUCGAUAAUUGUUCUAUGUAAUGUUGAUGAUCGCUACUGUGGAUAGUUUUGCUGUUAACAUUAUUUAUAUGUACUGUCGGAAAUUUUUAUAUAUUGGUGGCAAGGCUAGGCUAUGGUCAUGUCUCCCACCCUUGAGUGA